AUGGACGCCUCCAAGAAUAAACGUCCGUCAGAUCGCGAAUCGGAAACCUUGUCGAAAAUCGAAUUACUCAAGACUAGUUGGAAAUACCAAGCUAAGGAGUUCUUCAACAAUAGUAAUUUACACGGAGUGCACUAUAUCGCCGAAAAAGAUCGACCUUUUCACGAAAAAUUCAUAUGGUUCAGCUUCAUCGUAAUUGGGUUAUUGGUGACGUUGGUUAUAAUAUCGUCGUUGUGGGAGAAAUUUCAGACCAGCCCGACCAUCACCGGAUUGGAUACGGAUUUUCAUAAAUGGGAUAUGCCGUUUCCGGCUGUCACCUUGUGCCCGCAGAAUCCGGCUGAUCCGCAGUUGGUACGAGAUUAUAUUUCCAAUCGCUGGGGUAAUGUAACGGAGGAUCGAUUUGAAUUCUAUCAAACUUAUCUAACCAGGAUUGCGAACAUUUCCUACGACACCUUGGAUACAAUGAAGGAAUAUUCAGGCGAAGUGGAUCUCUACAAAGACGAUUUAAGAGAUAUUCUAACAAAUGUGGUAAUCCCCUGCCAAGAUUUGAUAACCGAUUGCGAAUGGAAAAGCGACCCUUACGAAUGCUGUUCGGUCUUUUACCCGGUCUUGACAGAUCACGGAUUCUGCUACACAUUCAACUCGAAACACUACGAAGAUGAUUUUUCCGGUUCGAACAUCACAUCGAAGGAAGAUUUCCGAAUAAAAUACAUUUACGAAACGGAUAACGACCUGUCGUUGAAAUUCGACGUCGAAGACGUCAAAGACAACCCUGUAUCGCUUCGUCCCUCUACACCAUAA